GAACCUGAACUGUAGUUUCUUUCCCUGUCCCACUUAUUCCCUUUUUCAAGCUGACGAUCCAAGCAAAGCCAAAGGAAAUGGAAUAAGAACAAUUUGAUUCAAACAGAACCAUGUAUGAUAAUGUUUCUGAGGAAGAUUGGUAAAGUCACUGUCAGACUGGUACAGUUGGGUUGUGUGGUACAUUGUAUAGACAGAUAUGUGGGUUCUUUUGUGAUGUGUUGUGGAGAUUCCAUGGUUCCUACCUUAUUCAAUAAUGAUAUUGUACUAGCAGAAAAUAUAUCUGUGGCUUACAAAAAACUACAGAAGGGUGAUAUUGUGAUUGCCAGAUCCCCAGCAGAUCCUUACCAGUUUAUUUGUAAACGAUUAGUUGCCAUGGAAGGGGACAGUGUUUUUGACGACAAUGCAGAAAGGCAAUAUGUUCCAAAAGGCCAUGUGUGGUUAGAGGGAGAUAAUCAAAGAAAUUCCAAUGAUUCUUGCCAUUAUGGACCAGUGCCUGCUGGACUUCUUAAUAGACGUGUAUUCUUUAGAAUAUGGCCAUUUCCUCAUAUGGGAUAUUUGAAACACCCAGCAGAAAGAUGACAAAUAUUGUAUCUAACUUCUCAGGGAUAGUAUGAAUGGUACUGGUGUGUUGGAAAAUGCUGACUAUGAUUGAUUUUUUUUCUUUUAUUAGAGAGACUUUUAACAGUUUUAUAGCUCAUUUUUUUAAAUCAAAAUUUACUAUUGCUAAAAAUAUGUUUACUGUAGAUUUUUGAAUGAAUAAAAAUGUAUAUGAUGCUA